GAGGAGUGAAGCGUGGAGGGUUGCAUAACUGUUCUUAACAUCGACGCGCUCACCUUAUCUUCCGUCCUCCUUCGCCGGCGAUUAUCGGAAAAAAUGGCGUCGGCCAUUGGAGUUCCUUCUCUUUACCAAGUUCCUUACCCCGAAACCUCCGACCCCAAGCCGAAGAAGACACCUUCCUGCUUAGUGUUCUCUCUGGUCAGGCCUUUCUUCGGUCCCUUGUCUCUCCGGAGGACAUGCGCUAGCCUCUCAUUCUCAUCGUCAUCUUCCUCUUCUCUUAUUCCUUCGGCCGUAGCUACUCCCAAUUCCGUGUUCAGCGAGGAGGCUUUCAAGGGCCUUGGUCUCUCCGACGACGACCACGACCACGACGAGAAUGGCCUCGACGUCGACGACGAUUCCGGCACUAGCUCCGACGAGCUCGCUGUCUCUCAGCUUGGUUUGCCUGAGCGCCUUGCUGAUUCUCUUGAGAAGCGCGGUAUAACUCACCUCUUCCCUAUUCAGAGGGCUGUUCUUCAUCCAGCUUUAGAAGGCCGAGACAUCAUAGCUCGUGCCAAAACUGGAACUGGGAAGACCUUAGCUUUCGGUAUUCCUAUCAUCAAGCGCCUGACUGAAGAUGCCGUGGAUCAAUCUUCUUUCAGGAGAUCAGGCCGCCUCCCGAAAGUUCUGGUCCUUGCACCUACUCGUGAACUGGCUAAGCAAGUAGAGAAGGAGAUUAAAGAGUCCGCCCCCUAUUUGAGCACUGUGUGUGUUUAUGGAGGUGUUUCCUACAAUACCCAGCAGAGCGCUCUUUCUCGUGGUGUCGAUGUUGUAGUCGGGACUCCUGGUCGAAUCAUCGACUUGAUUGAAGGCAAGAGUCUGAAACUGGGAGAAGUUGAGUAUUUGGUGCUUGAUGAAGCUGAUCAGAUGCUUGCCGUCGGGUUUGAGGAGGACGUGGAGUGCAUUCUUGAAAAUCUUCCGUCGAAGAGACAGAGCAUGCUUUUCUCGGCAACUAUGCCUGCUUGGAUCAAGAAAUUGGCGAGGAAAUACUUGGACAAUCCCUUGAAUAUCGAUCUGGUUGGAGACCAAGAUGAAAAGCUCGCUGAGGGGAUUAAACUUUUUGCCAUCCCAGCCACAUCAACCUCAAAGCGCACCAUCCUAAGUGACCUCAUAACUGUGUAUGCAAAAGGUGGGAAGACGAUCGUUUUCACGCAAACGAAAAAAGAUGCUGACGAGGUCUCGCUCGCCUUGUCAAACAGCAUAGCUUCUGAAGCAUUGCAUGGAGACAUAUCCCAACAUCAGAGGGAAAGAACACUCAAUGGUUUCCGACAAGGGAAAUUUACAGUUUUAGUUGCCACUGAUGUUGCCUCUCGUGGACUUGACAUCCCGAACGUUGAUCUAGUUAUCCACUACGAACUUCCGAAUGACCCAGAGACAUUUGUGCAUCGGUCUGGUCGUACUGGACGUGCGGGGAAAGAAGGAACUGCAAUUCUGAUGUUCACGAGCAACCAAAGGAGAACGGUGAGAUCUCUGGAGCAUGACGUUGGCAGCAAAUUCGAGUUUAUUAGCCCACCGUCAGUCGGAGAGGUCUUGGAAGCCUCAGCAGAACAAGUGGUUGCCACUUUGAAUGGAGUUCACCCUGAGUCCAUCGAGUUUUUCUCUGCAACUGCUCAGAGACUAUUUGAAGAGAAAGGAACAAGUGCUUUGGCUGCAGCUUUAGCACAACUCAGCGGUUUCGCUCAGCCUCCUUCAUCAAGAUCUCUCAUCAGUCACGAGCAGGGAUGGGUGACAUUGCAAUUGACGCGAGAUGCAUCAAAUUCAAGAGGCUAUUUGUCUGUGAGAUCUGUUACCGGUUUCCUAUCUGAUGUAUACACCGCAGCUGCGGAUGAAGUUGGAAAAAUCUUAAUGAUUGCGGAUGACAGGGUACAGGGAGCUGUUUUUGAUCUUCCAGAGGAUAUUGCGAAAGAGCUCCUAGAUAAAGAACUGCCUCCAGGAAACUCUAUUUCCAAGAUUACUAAGUUGCCUCCUCUGCAAGAUGAUGGACCGGCCAGCGAUUUCUAUGGGCGGUUUUCUGGCAGAGACCGGAUGCCUCGGGGAGGUUCUAGGGGAGGAAGUUCUAGGGGAUUGCAGUCUGGAAGGGGGUCAAGAGGUUGGGGUGGAGGCCGAGAUUCGAACAAUGAGAGGGAGAGAGGUAGAAACAACUGGUCUCGUCUUUCAAGGGAGAGCAGCCGUGAUGAUUGGUUGAUUAGCGGCGGCAGAAGAUCAAGCAGAUCCUCUUCUUCUUCUUCUUCUUCUUUUUCUUCACGGGACAGGAGUCUCGGAGGUCCUUGCUUCAUAUGCGGGCGGUCAGGCCACAGAGCUGCGGACUGUCCUGGCAGUAAAGACUAUUAGUUAUAACUCUCUCUCGACUCUGUUCUGUCCUGUUCCUGUCCUGUUCUUCUGGUUUCUAACAGCCAAUCAGUGGAUGGAUCUCAUCCUGCUGUCCGAGACGGAGACAAGUACAUAGAGAGAGAGAGAGGGUGCUUCAGUUUAGGGAGCUACCCCCUAAAGAAGGUAUUGUCUUUCUCAUUGGCGUUUUCAGGCUUCGGCUAAAAUGAGGAGAGAUCUGGUAGAUCUUAUAUAUGUAGCAGUAGCAUGGAUCGUAAUGUUAUUGGGCUUUUGUGUAAUGCGGCACGACGAAAACAAAAGGUACAGACUUUUAUCACAAAAGACAGGAUUUUCUCAGGCAACAGAUUUGGUUGUUCAGACAAUUGAGUCACGGGCCUUUAUUGCAUC